AACAGGAAAUGACAAGACAAGACAAAAACCCAGCUUGACCUCAGCGUGUGACACCUCACAGCAGGUUUUCCCUUCUUCACAAGUGAAUGCUGUGAAAUGAAGAGUUUCCGUUGACGGUAAAUGUCAAAAGUAAAGUCUCGCGUGUUACACUUCAUGUGGUUUCAGAGAAAGUGUGUAUGUGUGUGUGUGUGUGUGUGUGUGUGUGUGUGUGUGUGAAGCCACAGCGACUACAAGGAAGCUGCUGUCUAUAAAAACAGAGACACUCAGACUGAGAUGUUUCAUUCGGGGCUGCAGGUGUCACCGGGCGGUCGAUCGAUCGGAAGCUUCAGAGAAAAAUAAAACAUUUCAAAUUAACUUUUCUUGGACCGUUCACAUGGAGACAAUGUGCGACUUUGACCUGUCUCAAGCUUUAAGUGACGACUCGCCUGGAAUAGACGAGCCGGAGUUUAAAUCCUGCUGCUUUCACAUGAAGGAUCUUCAGGAUAACAUCUUCACCCUCGACGACGGGCUGGAACUGGUCGUCUCCCACGACCCGAAGACCAUGCAGUGCAUCGCCACCCUGCUGCUGGCGGUGAACAGGUUGAAAAGGCCCCUGACUCGCUGUUGUAGGGAGAUCAACGAUGGCGAGCUCUGCAGCUCCAUCAUGGAGAGCCUGGUGGAAGAAACGAUUGUCAAGAAGACGGAGAACCUCUCCAUGGCGGUGAGACGAAUCUUCCAGCGUGUCAACAGCGAGAAGAUGUUAACUCUGACCGACAGCGAGCAGAAAGACAUCGUCUGCGGAAACGGAGAGUUAAAACUGGAGGCCAUCACUCUGAGAGGAGGAAACUGUGAACGCAAAGUGAAUUUCAAACUGGAGAGGUACAUCACCCCCUGUGUCAGCCCUGGUGAAGGUCAGCCUGUCGUCCUGUCCAUCACCAACAACAACAUGCACAUUUCCUGCACCAUGAACGACGGCAAGGCCGUGCUGAAGCUGGAGGAAUGCUGUGAGGAGACUUUAAGCAGGAUCAGCGACGAUGGAAACAUGGACCGCUUCCUCUUCUACAGGAGAAUCACGGGGAUGAAUCUGACCACGUUUGAGUCCGUGAAGUGUCCCGGCUGGUUCAUCAGCACCUCGUACGAGUGUGAAAACCAGCCUGUGGAGAUGUGCAAAGCAAACGUCAGACGUGUCACAUGCUUCAAGACCAACUAA